UGUAUCGUGUUAUUAGUCGAUCAUUAAUUUUAACCAAUCACAAUAUAGUUCUUUAGGGAGCAAAGUAUUUUUAUUUGUACUAACAGGUUGCUUACUGGCAGCACAUAAUAUUUUUUACGCCAAUUAUUUGGUUGAGGAAGCCUCCUUUACAAUCAGACUGUACACAAACACUGUCACAGAAUUCCACCCAGUGACCUUAGAAACAAUCGCACCUAGCCGUUAAGAGCGUGUUUGUUGUUUUGGGUAAGCCAGAAACAGGUUUUGUGACUUCCCUUGAGAUUUACAUAGAAAGCUGGCACAUAUUUGCAAAAGCCCCAAGAAAGCUUAUGUAGUUAGUGGAUAUCCCAGCAUUUAGGGUGACGCCUCAUUUUGAAUAAAGGGGGCUGUUUGAAAGUCAAAGCAAUGACACCGUCUCUACAAACUGAAUUGGUUUUGAAAACUCUGCCAGUUUUCCUGAUUCUAUGCUUUCUUCAAGUCAGCACAAAUGUCUCAAUAGGAAACGACAGUGAACAGUAGUUUUUAUCACCCUGACAAAAAGAACAAACUGCUUUUGAGAACACGCAAGACAACGCUGUAGUUUGGUCCUGCUGACAUGGGGCAAAUAAAGACCAGACUCAGCAUGUUCAAGGACUCCUUAAGGAAACCAAAGGACAGCCCCACAGAUAUCACACCCAUUUUCAGUGACAGCGUGCAGCUAGCUUCAGCCAGGACUCAGGAGUACCUCCUGUUCCAGGAUCCUGAGAACAAGUUCUGGCCCACUGGCUGUGCCCUGAAUGAGAUCUUCCUGAUGACCUACAUCACCCAAAGUGUGCAGUUGCGGAUGCCCGACACCUUCAUCUGCACUGCCAUGACCAGGGAGCAGAGGGUUCUGCUGGGCGCCGACUGGGUGUGGGCAGUGGUGGAGGCCUCCACCAGGAACCCGCUGGUCCAGGUGGCCGUGCAGGUGCUCCACAUGCAGGGCCGGGAGAGCGAGGAUGCCAGCAACAUCGCCGAGGCCGUGAGACUGACCUGCUCCCAGUCGGCGAGCAAGACCAAGCUUGAGAACAUGAUCGACUUCUGCGCCUCCAUUGGCCAGGACUGCUACGCCCUCUUCCUUUUCUUCGGCCGUAGCGGGGACCCAGGGAAUAUCUACGGGGUGCUGAGCAACAAUUUUCGUGCCUUGUGCACCAGGGGCUCAAAACUCAACCAGGCCUUCAUUGAGGGCUUCUUUAAGGGGACACGUUAUGUCUCUACACCGGCUGCUAUGAUACAAACUGUCACCCAGAGGCAGCAGGAUGGUCCUCUGACCAUGCUCAUUAAGUUCUCUUGACCGUCUAUCCAUAUCUGCCAUACCAGACAUACAGGCAUGAGCGGAGGUUCACUUUACAUCUGGGGAAUUCCAACAGAGUUUAGAGGUUUACAUUGAUCAACAGAGCUCUUAUGUUUAUGGAUAAAGAGGAGUGUCCUCCUGGCAUCAGCACAGCCGGUGAAAUACAGGAUUGGGAUUCGGAUCUUGUGGACAGGAUGCGAUGCAAUGAUCUAUUCAAUGCGUUUCCAUAGGCACUGUACUUGUUUAGAAAUCAUGUUCUUUAUUAGACAGUGGCCUCCAAAAUUAUUAACACAUUUAAUAUGAGUACAGAAGGUCAUAUAAAAUAAAUUAACAAUACAGGUAAUACAUUAUAUUCUAUGCUAAAAAUGUGAAAGAUGUUAUGCCAAGUUAUUUUAAUUAUAUUGUUUUGCUAUUUCGUAAACAUACAAAACAGCUCGUCAGCUGUAUUCUUUAUUUCAUAAAGCCUUUCUUUCCCACAAGGGUGUGAAUAAUUUUGCAGGCCUCUGUACAAGAUUCAACUUGUGGAUAUUUAUAUAGUUUCAGUCCAAAGCAAAAACAUAAAUCAUAAACUCAGAGGCCCAUUUUACUAAGUUUCUGACCACUUUAUUGAGAAUAUCAGAUUUAACAACUGAAGCUUAUGAGACGAGAAAUGUCUUUGAUUUGCAGUGAUUAAAUGUUUUGUUUUAAUAUUUAUGUGUCUCAUAAAAUGAUAUGAGAAAGUUUUUUAUAUAAAAAAAAGAAUCAAAAAUAUUUGUUUGCAAAUUAAGUUACAUUUUCAGAAAUGGAAUAUUGCACAAAUAUUUUCUCUGCAGAAAUGUUUAAUUAGAAGUACUCUUAAAAAAACAUCAGCUUUGAAGGCAACUUCUUUACAAAGUUUACAGGUGUACCCUUCACAAAAAUGGCAUUAUCUAAAAAAGCAGUCAGGGUAAUAACAAAGAAAUUCAUGAAAGGAUGCAACAUUUUGAAUAACAAAGUGCAAAGACAGAAGACAAUGGUCUUCUUUUCAGUUUUAUAACCUAAUUUUAACAAACUGGGCUUCCAUGCAAGUAUGAAUCAUAGAAUGUGAACCAGAUGGCAAGGAAUUUUUUUUUGUUUUGUUUUUGUUUUUUGUUUUUUUUUUUGGGGGG